UGAGUAACUACUAGAGGCAAAGCGUCCAUCAGUUGAUUUUAAUUAGCCACAUAAGCAGUUUAUGAACGAGAGUAUAUACAAAAAAAAUCAUUUUUAAUUUCACAAUUUAUUAACGAAAAUAUAUUGGAACGUGAUCCUCCGCGCCGCUAGGGCCCUGCCAAGAUAUGAAUAUACUCUACAAGAAAAAGUGCAGCUGAUCAAAAAGUUGAUAUGUGGGGCAAUUUAUACACAUCUUAUCAAUCAGCCAAAAAAAAAUUGGAAAUACAUAUUUGUGGUGAAAUAGCAAGCCAAAAUGUCUGCUUUGAGUGAAUAUAAAUAGCCGAAAAAGACACAGCGGUUCAGUUCCUUCAACACAGUGAAUUUAAAUAGAUCGCAAUGAGUUUAGCUGGCAAAGUUGUUAUUGUAACCGGAGCGAGUUCCGGCAUUGGUGCCACUACAGCUGAGGAAUUUGCCAAGCAGGGUUCCAAAGUGGUGCUCACAGGACGAAAUGAAGCAAAUCUGAAGGCUACCGAGGCUGCCUGUAAAGCAGCCAACAGCAAAGUGGAACUACUACUCAUCACCGCUGAUGUCACAGUUGAUGCGGAACGCAUUAUAAACUCGACAAUUGACAAGUUCGGACAGUUGGAUGUGUUGGUGAAUAAUGCCGGUUAUGGUGAAGGCGGUUCAAUCUUGGAUAUUAACGUCGAUCAAUAUGACAGAAUAUUUGAUACAAAUGUGCGAGCGGUCUUCCUGCUCACUAAGUACGCCGCACCACAUCUGAUUAAGACCCAAGGUAAUAUCGUGAAUGUCUCCAGCGUCGCAGGAUUGCGUUCAUUCAGUGAUCUUUCGGUCUAUUGCACAUCCAAGGCAGCACUUGAUCAAUUCACCAGAUGUAUCGCCUUGGAUUUGGCGUCGAAAAAUGUGCGUGUGAAUGCUGUAAAUCCUGGUUUGAUUGUGACAAAAUUCUAUCAGGGUUUUGGCAUAUCGGAAGAAGAUUAUGUAAAACAUUUGGAGUAUUCGAAAUCUACGCAUGCAUUGGGUCGCGUCGGCCAACCGAAGGAAGUAGCUGAUGUCAUUAUUUUCCUUGCCAGUGACAGUUCGAGCUUCAUAACGGGCGCAACUCUGCCCAUCGAUGGUGGCAAACACGCCAUGUGCCCGCGUUAAUAGUUUUUACAAAUAUAAUUUAGUAUAAUUAAACAUACUCAUAAUAUAUACAUAUGUAUAUA